AUGCCUAUUGGUACUUUCCCAUAUCAUUUAGUUUAUGGGAAAGCAUGUCAUUUACCUAUUGAGCUUGAGCAUCAAGCUUAUUGGGUUGUUAAAAAGUUCAAUUUUGAGAUGAAAGCCACAGGAGAAAAGAGAUUGUUGCAGCUCAUUGAAUUAGAUGAAUUUCGUCUCGAUUCUUAUGAUAACGCAAAUCUUUACAAGGAGAAAACUAAGAGGUGGCACGAUAGACAGAUUCAAGAUAGAGUGUUUAGACCCAGACAAUUUGUUUUGCUAUUUAAUUGGGGAUUAAAGUUGUUUUCAGGCAAAUUACGGUCUAAGUGGUCUGGGCCUUUCGAAGUAGUACAAAUGACACCUCAUACAGUGAUUGAAUUAUGGAACAAGGAGAAAGCUGAGAAGUUUCUGGUGAAUGGACAAUGUGUGAAGCAUUACUAG